AUGAAACAGUUACACGCUAAUGAUAUACAUCGUAUAACGUCAGGACAAGUCAUUGUCGACCUCCAAUCCAUUGUUAAGGAAGUGUUGGAGAAUAGUCUUGAUGCUGGUGCCAGUAAAGUGGAAAUUCUAUUCAAAGAACAUUCAUUUGAAGGAUUUGAAAUCCUAGAUAAUGGUUAUGGGAUCAAGCAACAAGACUUUGAAGGUAUUUGUAGGAAACAUUAUACUUCUAAGUUACUGGAUUUUGAAGGCUUGAAUGAAAUCGAAACCUUAGGUUUCAGAGGAGAAGCAUUGAGUUCUAUUUGUUCCAUUUGUGAUAUUAAAAUCAUUACCACAACUAAGGAAGACCUUCCUUAUAGUUACGAAUUACAAUUCAAUAGAGUCGGGGAAUUGAUUGAUACACAGAAAAAGCUCAACCUUUUACAGGAACCUGGUACGAAAGUGGUGGUGUCAGAUAUUUUCAAAAACUUACCUGUAAGAUUGAAAAACUUCAAGAAGAAUUUGAAACUGGAGUUCAAUAAGAUGAUGAUGUUUUUAUACAACUACGUCAUCAUUAAACCAGAAGUUAAAUAUAAUAUCAAUAAUAUUGUCAAUGGUACAAAGAAGAACUUGAUCAUCACCACAGGGAAGAGUCUGAUGUUGGAUAAUUUCUCAUCUAUUUUUGGUUAUAAAUCAAUUCUUGGGUUGAAACCGGUAUCAGUUAAUACUGAAGAUGUUGAAAUUCAAGGAUAUGUGUCAGAUAAUUCUCUGAGAACAGUGAAAGACCGGCAAUUUUUGUUUUUGAACCAGAGACCAAUCUACAAUAAACCAUUUAUGAAAGUGGUUAAUGAAGUAUAUCAAGUAUAUAAUACUAAUUUCCCCGUGUUUAUAUUAAAUUUAACCAUUGAGGGAACCAACAUAGAUAUUAAUGUUACUCCAGAUAAAAUGACAGUUAACUUAAAUAUAGAUUUAGAAGUAAUACGGGAAAAAUUGAACGAAGUAUUUGAAUCAUGGAAUAAUCUUCAAACAUUGAGAAUAGAGAAACCUAAGCCUAAUUAUAAGCCUACUGUGGUAAAACCUCAAGCUCCUAAAAAGGUAAUCAAACCGGAAAGAAUCUCGAAAAAAGAAUCUAUCCAUAAUUAUGUUCGAAUGCUUAAUGUACCCAAUGUUAAAUCUUCUUUACCUAGAUUUCCAGAGGUCAAAUCAGUGGUACAGGACGAUAUGGACAUUGAUACAGAAAUGGAUGAAAUAAUAAUUAAUAAAGUGAAUUUCCAAGAAAUGAAAAUUGUGGGACAAUUCAAUCUUGGAUUUAUUAUUACCAAAUUUAACGGCAAUUUGUUUAUUGUUGAUCAACAUGCAUCGGAUGAGAAAUUCAAUUACGAGCAACUCCUCAACAAUUAUAAAAUCAAAUCUCAACGUUUAAUAACCCCUAUAUCAGUAGAUCUUAAUUUAAUUGAAAAGUAUAAAUUAGACAAUGAAACUAUGGAAAUGAACGGAUUCAAAUUGAAUGAUAAGAAUCAACUCAUCAAUUUACCAAUUUACAAAAACAAUCUUUUCAAUACAGAAGAUUUCAUUGAGUUCUUGAAUUUUGGCAGAAUCUCCAAAAAGGAAAAAAUUCUUGCGUCUAAAGCCUGUAGAAAAUCCAUAAUGAUCGGACAACAUUUAACUAGACCGACAAUGAAACGAGUGGUACAGAACUUAAGCAAUUUAGAUAAACCAUGGAAUUGUCCUCAUGGUAGACCUACAGUAAGAUUUUUGAAUAAUAAAUGGAGUGAAUUUUCCAAAGAUUAUGAUCUUUAA